CGUCAUCGUCUCUUCUCCUCGUGUUCUCUCUCUCCAAAACCCCUCUCUCUCUACUCUGUCCGAACUAUCAACCCCACUAGAAUCUCGAUCACGCUCUACUCUCGCUCUCUCUGUCUCCUCUCGAAAACCUUUGCCAAUCCUGUUGGAAAAUAAUGGCGGCGGCGGCGUCGUGGCAGCCCCAAGAGCAAGGGUUCAAAGAGAUCUGCGGCUUACUCGAACAGCAGAUGUCGCCGACUUCCGAUAAGUCUCAGAUAUGGCAGCAACUCCAGCACUACUCUCAGUUCCCCGAUUUCAAUAAUUACCUCGCUUUUAUCCUCGCACGUGCCGAGGGUAAACCAUUGGAGGUUCGACAGGCUGCUGGAUUGUUACUGAAGAAUAACCUUAGGACUGCCUUCAAAUCAAUGGCUCCUCCAUAUCAGCAGUAUAUCAAGUCGGAGUUGUUGCCUUGUUUGGGAGCAACUGAUAGGCAUAUAAGGUCUACUGCUGGGACCAUUAUAAGUGUAGUUGUUCAGAUUGGGGGGGUUUUCGGAUGGCCUGAGCUGCUUCAUACCCUUGUUAAGUGCUUGGAGAGUAAUGAAUUAAAUCACAUGGAAGGUGGUAUGGAUGCUUUGUCCAAGAUUUGUGAGGAUAUUCCUCAAGAGCUUGAUGCAGAUAUGCCUGGAUUAACUGAGCGACCCAUCAAUGUUUUCCUUCCUAGAUUAUUGCAGCUUUUUCAGUCACCGCAUGCAUCACUAAGAAAGCUUUCCUUGGGUUCUGUGAAUCAAUACAUUAUGUUGAUGCCUGAAGCUUUAUAUAUGUCCAUGGAUAAAUAUCUGCAAGGUUUGUUCAUUCUUGCUAAUGACCCUGCUGCGGAGGUGCGGAAGUUGGUCUGUGCGGCAUUCGUUCAAUUAAUUGAAGUUCGUCCAGAUUUCUUGGAGCCACUUCUGAGGAAUGUAAUCGAGUAUAUGUUGCAAGUCAACAAGGACCCUGACGAUGAGGUUGCCCUUGAAGCCUGUGAAUUUUGGUCUGCAUAUUGCGAAACCCAAUUACCACCUGAGAACCUACGAGAGUUCUUGCCACGGUUAAUUCCAGUUUUGUUGUCAAACAUGGUUUACGCUGAUGAUGACGAAUCCCUUGUGGAUGCGGAGGAGGAUGGAUCUCUGCCAGAUCGAGACCAGGAUCUGAGGCCCCGCUUUCACUCAUCACGGUUGCAUGGAUCUGAGAAUGCAGAAGAUGAUGAUGAUGACAUAGUCAACAUUUGGAGUUUACGUAAAUGUAGCGCAGCUGCUCUAGAUAUUCUCUCCAAUGUGUUCGGAGAUGAGAUUUUACCAACAUUGAUGCCUAUAGUUCAGGCUAAGUUAUCCACUACUGAUGAACCAUCCUGGAAAGAAAGGGAAGCUGCAGUUUUAGCUCUUGGUGCUAUUGCAGAGGGUUGCAUCAAUGGUCUUUAUCCCCACUUAUCGGAGAUUGUUGCGUUUCUUAUCCCACUUCUGGAUGAUAAGUUUCCUUUGAUACGGAGUAUCUCAUGUUGGACAGUUUCUCGAUUUAGUAAAUACAUUGUUCAGGGUGUUGACCAUCAAGAAGGCCAUGAGCAAUUUGAUAAAGUUCUGAUGGGGCUUCUAAGAAGAAUACUGGAUGAUAACAAGCGGGUGCAAGAGGCUGCUUGUUCUGCUUUUGCAACCCUUGAAGAGGAAGCUGCUGAAAAGUUGGCACCACGCUUGGAAAUCAUUCUGCAACACUUAAUGUGUGCCUUCGGAAAAUAUCAGAGGCGGAACCUCAGGAUCGUGUAUGAUGCUAUCGGAACUUUAGCAGAUGCUGUUGGAAGGGAACUAAAUCAGCCCACAUAUCUUGAUAUUUUGAUGCCACCGUUAAUUGCAAAGUGGCAACAACUUCCAAACUCAGACAAAGACCUUUUUCCCCUGCUGGAGUGCUUUACAUCCAUAGCGCAGGCAUUGGGUACUGGAUUUUUGCAGUUUGCUCAACCUGUAUUCCAGAGGUGCAUAAACAUCAUCCAGUCCCAACAAUUGGCAAAGGUCGAUCCUGUUUCAGCUGGGGUUCAGUAUGAUAAAGAGUUCGUUGUGUGCUCUUUGGACUUGCUCUCAGGACUUGUUGAAGGUCUUGGGAGUGGGAUAGAAAGUUUGGUAUCACAAAGUAGUUUGAAGGACCUCCUUCUUCAAUGUUGCAUGGAUGACGCUCCUGAUGUUCGACAAAGUGCCUUUGCAUUGCUUGGUGACCUUGCCAGAGUUUGUCCUGUUCAUUUGCGCCCUCGUUUGUCAGAAUUUCUCGAGGUUGCCAGUAAGCAACUGAACACUCCUAAGCUGAAGGAAACUAUUUCUGUCGCAAACAAUGCAUGUUGGGCUAUUGGAGAAUUUGCAGUGAAGGUUCGUCAAGAAAUUUCUCCAAUAGUGAUGACAGUCAUUUCAUGCUUAGUGCCCAUUCUUCAACAUGCUGAGGAGCUCAACAAGUCACUUAUAGAAAAUAGUGCUAUCACACUUGGGCGACUCGCGUGGGUUUGUCCGGAGCUUGUGUCACCACAUAUGGAGUAUUUCAUGCAAUCAUGGUGUAUUGCUUUGACAAUGAUUCGAGAUGAUAUUGAAAAGGAAGAUGCAUUCCGAGGUCUAUGUGCUGUGGUUAGAGCAAACCCAUCAGGGGCUUUGAGUUCACUUGCAUUUUUGUGCAAAGCUAUUGCAAGUUGGCAUGAAAUAAGAAGUGAAGAUCUACACAAUGAAGUUUGCCAGGUCUUACAUGGUUAUAAACAGAUGCUCAAGGAUGGAGGGUGGGAUCAGUGUAUGUCUGCUUUGGAGGCCCCAGUGAAGGAUCAGUUGUCAAAGUAUAAAGUAUGAGAGUUGUCAAAGUAUGAAGUAUGGGUUUUUCUCACUAUGAGAGUUGUGUCUAUCGUGCUGGUGCUCCAUCAGCUACCCAAGAGCCGCCGCAUUCCUGCUUCUGUAUUGUUGUCAUUUCGUGCAUUGUCUACUUAUAGUAGAGCUUUCAUUUGAGCGAAGCCAAGGGUGGGUGUCAUUUUUCCUAGCACAGGUCGGAUUAUUUCCCAAAGUCCUCAUUGAAUCUUGAAGCUGAUUUUUCUAAUCUUCAAGGCUGCCCAGGAAUUGGUUGUCAUAGUAGUAUUGGAUUUGGAGUGAUGGUAGAGGCUGAUAAUGGCACUUAGAUAUGGUGUACAGAAGUUUUGUCAAGCCUUUUCAGAGCAAUUUUCUUCUUCAUGUCUUCAAUCCAAAGAUUGGCCAACUUCAUGUCCAUCUUUAGAUACUUUGGUAUCCUGCUGGGUGAUUGUCUCUUAUUUUUUUCUGGUUAAUAGUUCUCCAGUUUUUUUUUUUACCUACAGAUAUUGUUCGAGGGGUUAAAAUAUGUAUUGUUAGAAUUUUUGUUAGUGUCUCACAUUUUCUUAUGAGGGCCGUCCGCACGACUUGAAGGUGGGGCGGAAUUAUUGUUGUAGGAUUUGGUUGGUGGAAGUGGAAGCCACAAGUGUGCGGGAAACUUUGGGUUCUAUGAGAAAGAAAAUGUAAUCAGCAAAAUCUUGAGUAGAGCAAAUUGCACGGGGUCGUCUUCUUUGUAUAAUUUUUCAUUUAUAACUCUUACCCCCAGCUUGUUCUUUGUUGGUCCAUCCUCUUCGGACAUGACAAGGAAAUGUACGAGUAGACUGUUUUCUGUCAGCUUCAGUUAUUUUACAAGACGAUUUCGUGAAGGUGGUUACAAAUAUUCUUUGUUUGUUUUGUUUGGGAACAUGAUAUUGGUUACAAAUAUUUGUAAAUUCUAUUCCGUCACUGUAA